UACACCACACCUUGCCACAGUGCUCAUGGUGACAAAGCAGACGGGUGCAGACAAGGCGAGGCUCAUGCAGAUGUAUGGACUGUUCGUCCCACACAAGCAGCCUUGACCGGCACGCGAUGGUCGAUAUCACAGAGAGUGGCCUGCUUACUGCAUGCUCCAUGUUGAUGAAGGGUAUUUCCCCUGAUACUCGGCUCCUCAGUUCUGUCUACACCGGAUCUGUUGCCAGCGCAUAUGAUGCACGGCCUAUUCAAUCGAUGCACACGAGCAGCCUUGACCGACAGGUGCUUGUACAGCAGCAACAGCUCUCGCAGCCUGGACCCAUAGGUGAUCAAAGGGCAGCUUCAGCCCUCGCGGCCUGCAAGUAUCGUUACUGUGCAAACACAACAUCCGCUGCACCCACCAAAUACUCCAACACCGACAUUUGGAUUCUGCACAGAUCUGCACAAGCAAUGACGAGCAGCAUUUUCCGGUAUUGACAAUUUGACAGUCAUGCCGCAAUCAACUUGCACAGCUUACCGAAUGACCCGCGAGAGGAGGCCAGGGUGGUUUGUGGUGCACUGCACCUUGUCCACAGGGCUGUAUUGUCAGUUUAUGAUGGACCAUGCGCAUCACGUCGGCGCAUCACGUUGGGUCAAUCGUCAGAGAAUGGGGUGCUUGCCUCUGGAUUUUGUCGCCAGAUUGAUAUAUGCUGAGCCGUACUCAGUGGCUGAACUUGUGAUGGCUGUGUCCCAAAUGGCGCAUUCGGCCAGUGACUGGACAGAGUCAUCGCAAGAGACACGGCCGAUGUUACAUGGUUGUUAUGAAGACUGUGUCUCCCAACUCGGAGCUGGUGUACAAAAGGGAUCAGCUGUGCGAGUGAGAAGCGGCAUGGCUGUAAAUGUUGGCUGCGAUGAUUGUACUUCUUCAUCGACUCGCGACAAUAGCCCAUCACUUGCAUCGAAAAAGCCAACAAUGCACCUGUUUCGCGGCGUGGCAGGGCAACACUGCUGCUCGCCUGUGAAUGGCUCUUUAUCAUUGAAGAACUCAAGCGCCGGUGUCGGAGGUAUUGGUGUUGGCAGCGGGUGUUGUGUUUGCGCUGUUGCGAUAAUUGCAGGUUGCGAGAGGGCUGAAGCUGCUCUAUCAUCAGUGACACUGUGCCUUGGAUAUAUUGUUACAUCUCAUAUGGCAUGAUCGUCAGAUAUGAAUUAUACUUUGUGAAGACAACAUGAGCCUUCUUGAGGCCACCCAGGCCAAGCGCUUAGAAAGCCUUCUUUUUGGCAUCCUCUCUGACCUUAUUCUUGAAUGGGAAGCUGCUCGCUUUUCCUCCGUCCGCAGUGAAUGCUCUGUGUUUGAUCUUUCCGUCCUUGUCGAGGGCAAAGAGUAAGAUCCAACCUCCCAUGG